AGUGUGUUCGUAUCCUUCAAGUUCGAAUUGACCAGCAAGAUCUUGAUCGUCGAUCGAUUAAUUCAACUCCAUCACUAUGAUCGCCUCAACGGAAAUCUGCGAUUCUCCUCCAAAGUCCCCGACCACGCGCGUUGGUGCCAAAACCAAGAGCUUCGCAAUGGAGUAUCUCCUCACAAUCUCCGGAGGGCAAGAAAACCGUCCCAAGACCAACAGGAACUUCGGUCCGCUGUCUCCGUUCGAUUACGACACAAAUUCAGGCGCUCUGGCGUCAAGCCACAUGCUUGAUAUUUCUCGUCAGUUGUCCCAAAUAUCCCAGAAUUUAGCUCUCCCUCACCUGUACAACUCCUGUUUCCUUUCUGGCGGAGUAGCUGCUGUGGGAAUACCGCCAUUCUAUGGCCAGCAUCCGGGACUUUCUUCCCCGUAUUCUUUCCCUCCAAAUUUAAAUCCCGCGAUGGGGGGAGUCUCAUUCAGUGGUCUCCCGGGCCCGUUUAACAACGGGUUCCCUAGUCACAUUCACCCGUCCAUCAGCCCGUCUUUUUACCACAUGAAAGAUUUCAGCUCGGCAGCCAGUACAGGACUGUUCGGAAGAUCUCCUCCAGGGUCGGCAGCGGAAAAUUCAAGAAAUUCCAUGCUUCGGACAUCGUACAACACGGAUUCCGUGUCUGAUUUGUCACCUUUCUCUAGUUCAGGUCUCGAAGAGGGCGGAAUGACGACGGAAUCAGAGUACAAAGAGCACAGCAAAUCAAAUGAGAUGGAUGAACAACACAUUGAUCCUGUGGACAGCGAUGAUGACGAUGAUGAGGAUGCUGAUAUUUCAAUAUCAGGAAUUCAAGGCACGGCCGCACCAAUCGACAGCUCAUCGACAGCCUCCAGCAAUAACAUCCACUGCGGUGAUCAGGACCGAGGCGGCGGCGGCGGUGGCGGCGGCGGUGGCGGUGGCAAGAACAGAAGACGACGCACGGCUUUCACGUCGGAGCAACUCAUGGAACUCGAGCGCGAGUUCCAGACCAAGAAGUACUUGACGCUCAGCGAGCGAUCACACAUCGCGCAGACCCUGCAUCUCAGUGAGGUGCAGGUAAAGAUCUGGUUCCAGAACCGACGCGCGAAAUGGAAGCGAGUGAAGGCGGGCCUGGUGAACGGCGCCCCCGGGGGAGGAGGGGGGGGAGGAGGAGGCCACAAGAUUAUUGUCCCAAUUCCAGUGCAUGUGAACAGGCUCAGCAAUCUGUCUCAGGCCCACCAGAUGGAUAAAUGCCGAGGUGGUGGAGCGGCUGAUGCAAGAAAAACCGACGACGCCAAGAGCGGCGGUGGAGAAAACAAAACAAGAGGCGGUGACAGUACAGGAGCGAUGCUACAAUUGCAUGCAGCAGCCAAACACAGGAACAAAACAGCGGCACACUUGCCUUCUUUCCUUAAAUUAGAAGAACUGGAGAGAUCAUCAGGCUGUCCUCGGACCACAUCCGUGACAAUCCAUACGCCUCAGCUGCCUGUGAGUAGCGCCCCGCUUCAGUCACGGCGCUCGGCCUUCCAAGGCCUCACUUCAUCGAGUCCUCUGAGCGACGCCGGCCUCACCGUGGCCGCGGCCGGCCGAGACGCGGCCGCCACGAAUGUGACUCACUCAGUCAAAAAUAUCUGCAGUGAAGCUCAAGACGAGCAGCAACUGCUGCGCUUUCAUGGGGCUGACUUGGCUCCGAGAAUGUCCCCCUAGCGAAUAAGCGCUAUCUUAGAAUUAAAGUUUCUUAGGAAUCAUUAGCCAGAAUUGUAGUAUUUAUCCUCAAAAUUGUUAUAUUGUUUUUAUUUUAUUUUGGGUGGAAUUUAUAAAUAAAUGUUCUUGAUUCGAGAGAAUCGACACUUCUUACACUGAAUUAUGGCUUUUUAAAUCUGAACAUUAAGGUAAAUUACAUUAUAAUUGUACAGCUCUGGAGCAGAACAUAAUCUGGGCGAAAGACACAGGGAAAAGUAAUUAUUUCCAU